AUGCCUCCGUGUUCAAAGCUUUUUUUAAAACUUACGCCUUUACUAUUCCUCUUCUCUCAAUUAGCCCAGGCAUUCUGUGUAUAUAAUAAACUAGAAGGUGAGCGUGUCAGUAUAAAAGUAUCCAACCUACAUACAACGGCUCCUACAAAACGAAUGUUUACAAAAACAAUCGCUCAAGGUGAAAGAGAAUGUUGUCCUUAUACGAACGAAGACUGUGUUUCUGGCGGACAGCGUGAUUCUCCUAUCAUACUAAGUGUCUAUUUUGCUUUUGAUUUGCUUGAGAUGUGGGAGGUGAAAAGGCAAUACGUCGUUCAUUGUGAAGGAGGAGCAGGUAUCGUCCUGACAGGUUCUGAUUAUAAUAAUAUUGAAGCAACAUGUUUUAAAGCGAAUAGAAAUUUUACCCGAGAAAAACUAGAACAUUGGACACUUGCAUAA